GGUAGCGUAGAUGACUAAGGAUGGGAUGUAGAAAUAUAAGGCAAAUAAUUCUGAUCGACGGUUUUCAUCAUUGACUCUUUAGUUAUGUACCAUGGCUUUUCAACCACCAUAUCCUUCACCCUUUCUUCUUCUUCUUCUUCUUCUUCUUCUUGUCCUUCUUAUACAGAUAAUGCCCUUUCCCGCCACUGCUCAAACUCAGAAAAUCAUAUCCUUGGGCACGUCCCUCACUGCAAAAGACGGAAACUCCUGGACCUCACCAUCCGGCGACUUUGCUUUUGGUUUCCAAGAAAUCGUUAAGCAUGGAUUCAUACUUGCCAUCUGGUUCAACAAAAUACCAGAAAGAACUAUUGUCUGGUCUGCCAACGGCGAUAAUCUAGUGAAGAAGGGAUCCAAAGUUGAACUCACGGAAGAUGGCAGGCUUAUGCUCAAAGAUACUGCAACAGUCACACCAAUAUGGACAGCUGAUGCAGCUAGUGGAGUUGCCUAUGCAGCUAUGUUCGACACGGGAAAUUUUGUGCUGGUCAACCAAGAUUCAAAGAAUUUGUGGGAGAGCUUUAAUCAACCAACUGAUACAAUUCUACCCACGCAGAUAAUAAAUCAAGGCACCAAGUACAAUGGUUUUCGGGUCACCUUCAACCAGUCUGGAUCCAUUUACCUUACAGCCCAGAACGGAAGCAUAGUUUAUAUGAUCUCAAACAAUGCAGUUUCACUGGUAGACUACUAUCAAAGGGCAACUCUCGAGUAUAACGGAGUUUUCAGGCACUACGUGUACCCUAAAAGCAUUAACUCGAACAGUGUGAACACGGAGCAUGUGGCUUGGUCCUCGCUUUCCUUCAUACCUUCAAAUAUCUGCACGUCCAUCACGGGGUACACAGGCCCUAGUGCAUGCGGGUUAAAUAGCUUAUGUAAAAAUGAUGAGGAAGGACCAGUUUGCUUGUGCCCGCAUGGAUACAGCUUUGUUGAUCCAAGCGAUGAGCUGGAAGGAUGCAGACAGAACUUCGUUUCACAAAGUUGUGAUGAAGCCUCGCCAGAAGAUCAUUUUUAUUUUCAAGAAAUGCAAAACAGCGAUUGGACUACCGCAUCUUAUGAGUAUUUCAAUAAUGUAAGUGAAGAUUGGUGCAAGCAGAAUUGCCUAAAGGACUGUUUCUGUGCCGCUCUCGUUUUCACAGAGGAUGUCUGCUUGAAGAAGGGAACUCCUCUUUUCAACGGGAGGAUUGACCCAACUCUCAGUUCUAAAUCUCUAAUCAAAAUGAGGAAGAAUUCUACAAAUGAAAGAAAGCAUGACGGUUCAACUUUCAAACGUGUCGAACCAGUUCUCCUAAGUAGUUCGGCUUUUCUGAACUUCUUCUUACUAUUCAUAACCUGCUUUCUUGUUUUGCGCUUUCUCAAUGACAGAAAAGCAAAUGCGAAUAUGUUCUACCCGGUCAUUCAAGGGAUUAAUCUGAAAUGUUUCUCCUACAUGGAGUUAAAACAAGCUACCAACGGAUUCAUGGAAGAGCUAGGACGUGGUUCGUUUUCAACGGUUUUUAAAGGAGUUUUAGCGUCUGAUAAUGGAAAAUGUGUUGCUGUUAAACGACUGGACACGAUGAUUGGAGGGAAUGAUUUGAAAUUCAGAGCAGAAGUGAGCUCAAUGGGCAGAACAAAUCACAGAAAUCUAGUCCAACUACUAGGGUUCUGCAAUGAGAGGCAUAACCGAAUUCUUGUGUACGAGUUUAUGAGCAAUGGCUCCCUAGAAAGCUUUCUUUUUGGAGGGUCAAGGCCAAGUUGGUGCAAAAGAAAGGAAAUUGCCUUGGGAACUGCAAGAGGGCUCUUGUAUUUGCAUGAGGAAUGUAGCAGCCAAAUCAUUCAUUGUGACAUUAAGCCUCAAAACAUUCUUCUAGACGACUCUUUCACAGCAAGAAUUUCCGACUUUGGAGUGGCCAAGCUAUUGAUGAUGGAUCAAACUCGUACGGCUACUAAAUUCCAGGGAACAAAAGGGUAUGCAGCUCCUGAAUGGUUCAAAAGCUUGCCUAUCACAGUGAAGGCGGAUGUUUACAGCUUUGGCAUUUUGUUAUUAGAGAUUGUUUGCUGCAGGAAGCAUUAUGAAGCAAAGAUAGAGGAACAAGAACAAAUGAUACUGGUGGAUUGGGCGUAUCAUUGCUCUCAGAAAAGUAAACUGCACCGGCUGUUCGAGAAUAAUGAGGCAAAGGAUGACCUGGAGGAGAUGGAAAUGUAUUUGAAGAUCGCAUUUUGGUGCAUUCAAGACGAUCCAGCAUUUCGACCAACCAUGAAGAAUGUCAUACGAAUGCUUGAAGGAAAUGUUGAAGUCUUAACCCCCCCAAGUCCAUCCUCAUUUUAGGCUCAAUGGAAUUGGCAUUAGAAUAAUUUCAUGUGUUUGAUCAUCAAGAACUCAAAACCACGAAUUUGGUUAGUCCGAU